CUUCCGGCGCGUCCCGGAUGCGGAAGUGAGCCGGGGCGUGCGGGGGCAGCCAUGGCGGACCUGGCGGCGCUGGAGGAGCUCGCCAAGCUCGAGUACUUGUCGCUGGUCUCCAAGGUCUGCACCGAGCUCGACAACCACCUGGGCAUCAACGACAAGGACCUGGCCGAAUUUGUGAUCAGCCUCGCUGAGAAAAACUCGACAUUUGACACGUUUAAAGCUGUCCUUCUAAAGAAUGGGGCUGAGUUCACUGAUUCCCUUAUUAGUAACUUGCUACGUCUCAUACAGACAAUGCGGCCUCCAUCAAAACCAUCUACGAGUAAAGAGGCCAUUGCCAAACCCAAAUCGGAAAAGGAAAGGUUGAAGGAAUUGUUUCCAGCCCUUUGCAGGCCAGACAAUCCCAACAUUAGGAACAUGCUGGAUGAAGAUGAUGUGAAAGUGGCAGCUGAUGCACUGAAAGAACUUGAAGCUCUGAUGCCUAGUGCAGACAGGCAAGGCAAACAAAGGAACAGUGACCACCGGGCAAAGAAAAAGAGGAGGAGCCGAAGCCGUAGCAGGGACAGGAAACGAAGGCACAGAUCUCGCUCUAGGUCUCGUUCUAGGACUCGGGAUAGGAACAGGGGUAAAUCCAGAUACCGCUCACGGAGCAGGAGCCGGAGUCCAAGUAGGGACCGUAGGGAUCGAGACAAGUAUGUCGAGAAGAGCAAUGAGAGAUGGAGAGACAAGCAUGUAGACCGUCCACCGCCUGAGGAGCCUUCCAUUGGAGACAUUUACAAUGGGAAAGUCACCAGUAUAAUGCAAUUUGGGUGCUUUGUGCAGCUGGAAGGGCUAAGGAAGCGUUGGGAGGGCUUGGUCCACAUCUCAGAGCUUCGAAGAGAAGGACGUGUUGCCAACGUUGCUGAUGUUGUGAGCAAAGGACAAAGAGUAAAGGUCAAAGUGUUAUCCUUUACUGGAUCCAAAACUAGCCUGAGCAUGAAGGAUGUUGAUCAAGACACUGGGGAAGACUUGAAUCCAAACCGGAGGAGAAACUUGGUUGGAGAAACCAAUGAAGAAACUUCUAUGAGAAACCCAGAUAGACCCAGUCACCUGUCCUUGGUGAAUGCCCCGGAGGUGGAGGAUGAUACCCUGGAACGGAAACGCCUGACCCGAAUUUCAGACCCAGAGAAAUGGGAAAUAAAGCAGAUGAUUGCAGCUAAUGUGCUUUCCAAGGAAGAGUUUCCUGACUUUGAUGAGGAGACUGGGAUUCUUCCUAAAGUUGACGAUGAAGAAGAUGAAGAUCUCGAGAUUGAGUUAGUUGAAGAGGAACCACCAUUCCUUCGAGGUCAUACUAAACAGAGUAUGGAUAUGAGUCCUAUCAAAAUAGUAAAGAAUCCAGAUGGUUCAUUGUCCCAGGCUGCAAUGAUGCAGAGUGCUUUAGCUAAAGAAAGAAGAGAACUUAAACAAGCCCAAAGAGAAGCAGAGAUGGAUUCUAUCCCCAUGGGACUCAACACGCAUUGGGUGGAUCCUCUCCCUGAUGUGGAUGGAAGACAAAUAGCUGCAAAUAUGCGAGGUAUUGGGAUGAUGCCCAAUGAUAUCCCAGAGUGGAAGAAACAUGCAUUUGGUGGCAACAAAGCCUCUUAUGGUAAGAAGACACAGCUUUCUAUCAUUGAGCAGAGAGAGAGUCUCCCAAUCUUCCGACUGAAGGAGCAGCUGAUACAAGCUGUGCAUGACAACCAGAUUCUGAUUGUUAUUGGAGAGACAGGAUCUGGGAAAACAACGCAGAUUACCCAAUACCUGGCUGAGGCAGGGUACACAUCGAGAGGAAAGAUUGGAUGUACUCAGCCUCGCAGAGUGGCUGCAAUGUCUGUUGCGAAGAGAGUAUCAGAAGAAUUUGGUUGCUGUCUGGGACAAGAGGUUGGCUACACCAUUCGAUUUGAAGACUGCACUAGCCCUGAAACUGUCAUCAAGUACAUGACGGAUGGUAUGUUGCUGAGAGAAUGCUUGAUAGAUCCUGAUCUGACCCAGUAUGCCAUCAUUAUGCUGGAUGAAGCCCACGAGAGGACGAUUCAUACAGAUGUGCUCUUUGGGCUCCUAAAGAAGACAGUGCAGAAGCGGCAGGAUAUGAAGCUGAUAGUGACAUCAGCAACACUGGAUGCUGUGAAGUUCUCUCAGUAUUUCUACGAGGCUCCAAUCUUCACAAUUCCUGGCAGAACGUACCCAGUCGAAAUUCUGUACACCAAAGAGCCAGAGACAGAUUAUUUGGAUGCUAGUCUGAUUACAGUAAUGCAGAUCCACUUAACUGAACCACCAGGCGACAUUUUGGUGUUUCUAACUGGUCAGGAGGAGAUUGACACAGCCUGUGAGAUCCUUUAUGAAAGGAUGAAAUCUCUGGGACCUGACGUUCCAGAGCUGAUUAUCCUGCCAGUAUAUUCAGCCUUACCCAGUGAAAUGCAAACCAGGAUCUUUGACCCAGCCCCACCAGGAAGCAGAAAGGUGGUUAUUGCCACUAACAUUGCUGAGACAUCGCUUACUAUUGAUGGAAUAUAUUAUGUAGUUGAUCCUGGCUUUGUGAAACAGAAGGUAUACAACUCCAAGACUGGGAUUGACCAGCUGGUCGUUACACCAAUUUCACAGGCUCAAGCAAAGCAGCGAGCAGGAAGAGCUGGCAGAACAGGACCUGGGAAGUGCUACAGGCUGUACACAGAGCGUGCUUAUCGAGAUGAGAUGCUAACCACCAACGUGCCUGAAAUCCAGAGAACAAAUUUAGCCAGUACAGUACUCUCCCUGAAGGCUAUGGGCAUCAAUGAUUUGCUAUCCUUCGACUUUAUGGAUGCUCCCCCAAUGGAAACUCUCAUCACUGCCAUGGAGCAGCUGUACACUCUGGGAGCUCUGGAUGAUGAGGGACUACUCACUCGACUUGGGCGCAGGAUGGCAGAAUUCCCCUUGGAGCCCAUGUUGUGUAAGAUGCUGAUCAUGUCGGUACAUCUGGGAUGCAGCGAGGAAAUGCUGACAAUAGUCUCCAUGCUGUCUGUUCAGAACGUGUUCUACAGGCCAAAGGAUAAACAAGCACUCGCCGAUCAAAAGAAAGCCAAGUUCCAUCAGACAGAAGGUGACCACCUCACUCUGCUGGCUGUGUACAAUUCCUGGAAGAACAAUAAAUUUUCAAAUCCUUGGUGCUAUGAAAAUUUCAUCCAAGCCCGCUCCUUACGCAGGGCACAGGACAUCCGCAAGCAGAUGCUGGGCAUUAUGGACAGGCACAAGCUGGAUGUGGUGUCCUGUGGCAAGGCAACAGUUCGAGUGCAGAAGGCUAUUUGCAGUGGCUUCUUCCGAAAUGCAGCUAAGAAGGAUCCCCAGGAGGGUUAUCGAACACUCAUUGAUCAGCAAGUAGUCUACAUUCAUCCAUCCAGUGCUCUCUUCAACAGGCAGCCAGAAUGGGUGGUGUAUCACGAGCUGGUGCUGACCACCAAGGAGUACAUGCGUGAAGUGACGACCAUCGAUCCCCGCUGGCUGGUGGAAUUCGCCCCGGCUUUCUUCAAGGUUUCAGACCCAACCAAACUGAGCAAACAGAAAAAGCAGCAGCGCCUUGAACCUCUGUACAACCGCUACGAGGAGCCCAACGCCUGGAGAAUAUCGCGUGCGUUCAGACGGCGAUAAGCUCGCUGCCCUCCUCCCGGAGACUGGCACUGACACCUCCAGGACUGUGAUUUUGGGACUGCUGAGUGUCCUUGCAAUUGGAGUUUACCUACCAAACGGACAGGAAAUGGGUAUUUUCAGAGAAAAAGCACGAGGGGGCGGUGCUUGCUUGUGUCACUUGCUCUUGGCAUUUCCAUAGCAGCGUGACGAAUGCCCUGGGUCUCCUCAGCGUAUUGCAUCUCUUCAGAAACGGUUCUUGAAACGCUUUUUUCAGUCAUUCCCUUUUCUUAGAGGCAAAACCUUAAGGCUCAGAAGUCUGAGCAGAGCACCAGUAAAAAGGCAGCGAUUAAGAAAUGGUUGCUAACCAACCUCACUGUUCUGAAUGACCAAACAAAUUCAUUUCUUCACUCUGCUAAGGGAUUUAUUUCAGCUUAUGCUCUCAGACCGUGGCUCUUUUGGGGGAGCUGCUCAUUCUGCAUUUUUCCUGUUCACUGUAACUAUUUGUCCCUUAUGUAAACCAUCUGCAAUGAGCUAUUUACUAUCUAUGGCUUUGGAAUAAUGCAGGAAAGAUCCCUUGGAGCUCAGCUAGGAUGUCUGUUACACUUGGACAAUGGUGCAGGUCAGACUGCAAGUCUUAUCCUUCCUCACCAUCUCCUAUGUGCUGAAGGCUAGUAUAUCAAAUGGUAAUUAACCACAUCCACUCUGUAGCACGGCUGUGUCUCUGAGCAUAAGUGGUUACAGAUGUGUAGACUUUCUCUACAACGUGUCACGUGUUUUAUUUCCACUUACAGUGCUUGGUGACAUCACGACUGUCAUUGUUUCAAUGCAAUAUUCUCUUACAGCUGAAAUGUCUGUAAAACACAGUGCAGCAGUUCCCUGCUUAAGAACAGAUCUGACUGUCCAGUGCACUAUGUCAUGCUGAAGGUAUCUGUAAAUUGUUUUUUUCUGUUGCAAACAGAUGAAACUCAUUUGGUGCCGUAGAUGGAGAUGCCCAACUUUUAUUUUUUUUUCCCCCCAAACCUGGGACAUUUGCUAAAGUUGUUGAAGUGAGCAGAAAGAACUUGGCUGGUUGUUCUAUACUCAGCUACAUAGAAGGAUGCUUGGCUCUGAAAAGCAGAUAUGUUGUAUCUAUGUACAAAAGUGGACUGGGAUGUUGUACAUACUGUUUUAUUGUAUUAUAUAAAUACCCUGAGCUCUUCCCUGCUGUUACAUCUUUACAGAGGUAAAUAGAAUUAGAAACUUUGUAUGUUUGGAGAUGA